GGAAGUAGUCGACGAGAAGCUAGCUAGAAGGGUAAAUAUUUAGCUAGCUGCAUCACUUCAGAAUACUGUACUAACUCAUUAACAAUCUAUUUAACGGAUUGUAGCUGUCUUGCCAUUGACUACAUUUUUGUUGGUACGUGGGUAGGACAAUAUGAGUGGAGAGAGGGAAACGUUGUUGGAUGGAAUCGAGCAGAGUUUGUGGAAUUUAACCGAGAACAAUUUACGUUACCUGUGUGAACGUUGUGGAAUAGCUGGCCAAGAUGGCUCCGACGUUAAAGGGAAGAAUUAUCGCUCGUUGCGUCGUAAAAUAGAAGAAUAUUGUGAAAGUGAUGAUUUAAUGAAAUUAGAGGACCAGGGAAUGUCUUGGUUACUCCAACUGCAAAACGACAUCAAAACAAUACAGCAAGAUGCUAGCCUCAGCCAGUCAGCGCAAGUGGACACACUGGACGGCACCGAACCAAGCAGAACCAAGAACGAGAGGGGCGCUGAGAGGUUGACAGACCCAGCUCCAGAGAGACACAUACCACCAGAACGGAGGGAGAACGUGAGUGACGACUCAGAAGACCCAUCCAGACAGUCCCCAGCCAGUUCUUCAGAACCCCAACUCUCGGCGUCAUCACCGGGUCCUGACAGGAACCAUGGUGACCAGAGGUCAAAACUGGGUAGUCUGCGGAUAGUUCUACAAAAAGUUGUUGUCGUCAAGGAGGAGGAAGACGACUGGGAUUGUUGUGUUACAGGUGAGAGUCCCAACCAACCAUCUGCCAGUGAAUAUAGUCCCUCUUCAUCGGAAGAACCAGAACAUCCCGAAUCCGAAGAUCCAGAACAUUCCGAAUACGAAGAUCCUGAACAUUCCGAAUCAGAAGAACCUGAACAACGACGAGUGAAACGCAAAACUAAGACUCACAGCUGCCUAGCGUGUGGGAGGAAGUUUGUCUCCUUGUACACACUAAGGAGACACCAGAACAGGACCCACACAGGAGAGGAGACGGAGAACAGGACACACACAGGAGAGGAGACGGAGAAGAGUAAAGGACAGAGUCCUGCUUCAGGAGAACCUGAACAACAGAAGAGGAAAUGGGGAGUCAGGAAGACCCACUCCUGCCCCGAGUGUGGAAGACACUGCCCAUCGUUAUCAGCACUGAAGGUCCACCAGAGAAUCCACACUGGAGAGAAGCCUUACCUCUGCUCUGAGUGUGGGAAGGGCUUCACUUAUCAAAGUAGCUUGAGAUUACACCAGAAGAAAGACUCCGCUGACAAGGUGACCUGCUGCUGUGGACAAGAGUUCUCCUCAAAGUGCGUUCUGGAGGUUCACUUGAAGACAGACACUGGAGCCAAGCCUUACACUUGCUGUGUGUGUGGCAAGGGGUUCGGUAAAAAAGAACGGCUAAAAGAACACCAGAGAUCCCAUACAGGAGAGAUGCCUUACUCUUGCUCUUUCUGUGGCAAGGGUUACUACCAAAAACCGGCUUGGAAAGCCCACGAGCGAACACACACCGAGGAGAAGCCCCUGUGCUCUGUGUGCGGACGGACCUUCUCUAAUAAGACUACAUUAAAAGUCCACCAACGAACACACACAGGAGAGAAGCCUUUCCUCUGCUCUGAGUGUGGCAAGGGCUUCCUCAGUAAAGCAUACCUGACGACCCACCAGCGAUUCAACUGUUCUGGGGGAGAGGAACGACGGCGAGCAAAGAGAUUUCACAAGUGUCCGGACUGUGGGAAGGAGUUCACACAAGCAAACAAACUGGAGAGACACAUGAGAACACACACAGGAGAGAGGCCUUACCAGUGCUCUGUGUGUGGGAUGAGGUUCAACCAGAAAGGGAAUCUCAAAACGCAUUUUAAAGUGCACACAGGAGGGGAUCCCAGUUUAGUGGCUGACAUGGAGACUCCCUCUGAACAACCUCGGGACAACAGACGUAAAGCUGGGAGACCACAACGCUGCCUCCAUCAGCAUGACGAGGAGGGAACAUCCCACCACCUCCCGGCGCCACAGAGGGAGGAAACAUCCCACCACCUCCCGGCGCCACAGAGGGAGGAAACAUCCCACCACCUCCCGGCGCCACAGAGGGAGGAAACAUCCCACCACCUCCCGGCGCCACAGAGGGAGGAAACAUCCCAACACCUCCCGGCGCCACAGAGGGAGGAAACAUCCCACCACCUCCCGGCGCCACAGAGGGAGGGAAGCCAACACCUCCCGGCACCACAGAGGGAGGGAACAUCCCACCACCUCCCGUCAGCACAGAAACCCACCAUGUCCCCCAGGGGAGAAAAACACUAUCUCUGCCCUGAAUGUGGCAAGACUUACACCCGGGAAUACGACCUCCGAGUCCACCUCAGAACGCACACAGGAGAGAGACCGUACCAGUGUGAUGAAUGCGGAAAGACCUUUGUUCGGAAACAAGGGCUCCGUCAACACCGGCGGUCACAUGCUCCCAAGCCCAUGGGACCGACCCGUCAGUUAGGCAGGCCCGUCAGCAUGGGUUCCAGUAGCAGAAGACCU